GUUGCGUUACGUUCUCCGAAGCCAUUUUGGACUCUGUUCCGUUUCAUGCAUGUCAGAAUCGGACCCUGUCCAGCCAUACUCUCUGUGCACUGGGGAAAGAAGCUUUGCGGAGAGGCUUUGCGCGGGAAUCCCUCGGCUAUCCGUGUUAUUUGACGCUGAAUUCAGAGGAGGGCGUUUCUGUGGAAUACCGGCGCUUCCCGAUGGAUUUGUCCGUGUGAUAAAGUUUUAUUCAGCCCGAGCGGCGGGGUGGACGGACGGACGGACGGACGGACGGACGUCGGGCCGACGGUCUCUCGGGCUCGUUGUGGGUGUGUGUGUCUUCCCCGAUCAUUUUAAAUGUUCUCGAAGCAGAAGACGCCGGAAAGGAGCAAAUCUGGGGUGUAUUUGGAUCACUAGAGGAAUAUGUUCGCUCCCUGGCUGACUUUUGCACUUCUUCUGGGAACUUUCUGUGCAGACCCCAGCCAUGGGGAGGUGGAGACGCGGGAAUGCUUGUACUUCAACGUCAACUGGGAGAUCGAGAAGACGAACCGCAGCGGCGUGGAGCGAUGUGAGGGCGAGAAGGACAAACGCUCGCACUGCUACGCCUCCUGGAGGAAUGACUCGGGCAGCAUCGAGCUCGUCAAGAAGGGAUGCUGGUUAGACGACUUCAACUGCUAUGACAGACAGGAGUGUGUGGCCACAGAGGAGAACCCUCAGGUCUUCUUCUGCUGCUGUGAAGGAAACUUCUGCAAUGAGAGAUUCACACACCUGCCCGACGUCAACGGACCAGAAAUCAAGCCGCCUCCUCCGACGCCUUCUCUGUUGAACGUGCUGGUUUACUCGCUGUUGCCCAUCACUAUGUUGUCCAUGGCGCUGCUGCUGGCAUUCUGGAUGUACCGUCACCGCAAACCGCCGUACGGACACGUGGACAUCAACGAGGACCCUGGUCCAGCGCCCCCUUCGCCGCUUGCGGGACUCAAACCGCUGCAGUUACUGGAGAUUAAAGCUCGAGGGCGCUUCGGCUGCGUGUGGAAAGCACAGAUGAUGAAUGAAUAUGUAGCUGUGAAGAUUUUCCCCAUUCAGGACAAGCUGUCGUGGCAGAGCGAGCGCGACAUGUUCUCGACGCCAGGCAUGAAACACGAUAACCUCCUGCGCUACAUCACCGCUGAGAAACGCGGGACUAACCUGGAGACGGAGUUCUGGCUCAUCACUGAAUUUCAUGAGAGGGGUUCGCUGACGGACUAUCUGAAGGGGAACGCUGUGAGCUGGAAUGAACUGUGUCACAUCGCUGAGACGAUGGCGUGCGGUUUGGCGUACCUUCAUGAGGAUGUUCCUCGAUUUAAAGGGGAAGGACCAAAACCAGCGAUCGCUCACCGAGACUUCAAGAGUAAAAACGUGAUGUUGAAGACGGAUCUCACAGCUGUGAUUGGUGAUUUCGGGUUGGCGGUUCGAUUUGAGCCGGGUAUACCGCCUGGAGAUACACACGGUCAGGUUGGCACGUGGCGGUACAUGGCACCGGAGGUGUUGGAGGGGGCGAUUAACUUCCAGCGAGACUCGUUCUUGCGGAUAGACAUGUACGCUAUGGGUCUGGUGCUGUGGGAGCUGGUGUCACGCUGCAAAGCAUCCGAUGGUCCUAUAGGCGAGUAUAUGCUGCCAUUCGAGGAGGAGAUCGGACAGCAUCCGUCACUGGAGGAUCUGCAGGACGUGGUGGUCCAUAAGAAGUUGCGUCCGGUGUUUAAAGACUGCUGGUUCAAGCAUUCUGGUCUGACGCAGAUGUGCGAGACGAUAGAGGAAUGCUGGGAUCACGACGCUGAGGCGCGACUGUCGGCCGGUUGCGUGGAGGAACGCAUCUCUCAGAUCCGCCGCCUGGUCAGCGCCACUACCUCAGACUGCCUGGUUUCCAUGGUGACGUCCGUCACGAACGUGGACCUUCCGCCCAAAGAGUCCAGUAUCUGAGUCACGACGCAACGCUCGACGUGGAGCGAAACGAACACGAAGCAAACAAAACAAGCAAACCCUCGUCUUUCCAGACUCGGUGUGAAUCUCAAACAUCAUGAAACCAGCUGCUAUUUUAUCCUAGCAUUUUUUUUAAACUUUAUUAUUAUUAUUAUUAUUAUUUUUCUGAUCGGAUCAAAACUACCAGCACACUUCUCUACUGUAUUUGUAUCAUUAGAGCAAACGCAGAGAUUUUAAAACAAUACAAGCCGAGAGAGGACGUCUUGACGUGCAUUCAGGUACCGACGUAUGAAUGCUGACAUGUGCAGGUACCUCAACGUUUCAACGGUUUUACUUCUCAUAACCACGACAUCAUAGUUUCAUAUUCGCCGCGUCGGACAUUUCAACAGUGCUGCAAAACCUGCGAGAAUCAUUAUGACUGUUACACGCGCAAUUGAACGCUCACGCAGGAUCUCCGUUUUUUCCUCUCCGACUGUACAUACGUAAAACAUGUCUUUUACGGAACUAACGGGUGUCGGAAGAGCACGGGAAAGACAUCUGGACUAAUUCCUUUGUUUGAUUGGGCCUUUUUCUGUGCGUGGUAUUGAAGUGGGUGACUGAAAAAGAGUUGGGUUGGGAAUUCUCUGGGUGAGAUCUCAGCCGUGGAGUGCGUUUGGAAAUACCGGAGGUCAUGUGAGCAUUUAGUUCAGUAUGGAAAUCUUUCUCAGGUAUCCAGUGUCACGGGGUUUUGGGGUCCAUGACUGCCUUCCCACAUCACAUUAGGACAGUAAUGUAAUGGUGACCAUGUGAAUUUAACUCUAAUCAUCAAAACAGAACAUGCAAGACUAUGAUGUGUAUGAGUGUGUGCGUGCGUGUGCGAGUAUGUUUGCGUGUGUACGCGAGUGUGUUUGCGUGCAUGCGCGUGCGAGCGUUUGCGCGAGUGCUUGCGCGUGCGAGCGUUGGCGCGAGGGCUUGCGCGUGCGAGCGUUGGCGCGAGGGCUUGCGCGUGUGUUCGCGUGCGUGCUUGCGCGUGUGAGCGUUUGCGCGUGCGAGCGUUUGCGUGCGUGCCUGUGUGCAUCCAUAUAAAGGUUUGGCUCAUGUGGCCGUCUAAACAAAAUUGUUUGUUUUUCCUGUCUGUUUGCUUUUGUAAUAAUGAAAGGUGCGUUUCUGAUAUCUGGAGCUUUGGAGCAGAAUCCUGACUCGGAUAUUUCACUCCAGAAUCAAAAGUAAAAGUAAAAUAUAAGAAAUGAUAUUUUGCAAAAAGAAAAUGAAGCCUAUUUAAGGAUCGUUAACAUCUUUAUUUUAGCAGCAGAUUUCCCCAAAAUUCUCAUUACCGUAAUGCGUCCAGGCGUUCAACUGGAUUCUCAUUUCUCCGAUACAAUCAUUUUAACACAGUGAUUCACUUUUAUAUUUAAAUCUGUGUAAAUUAAAGGCAGUACAAAGAAAUACUGCCCCCAAAAUGUAUUCCCUGUUUUAUUUGGGACUUGUAAGUUAAUAGCUACGGGUGCAAAUAAUAAUAAUGAAAAUGCGAUUUUGGGACGGGGUGCUCAUUCUUCAUUAAGAAAAUGUCAUAAUGCACAAAAUCGAAAUGGCACCAAAAAUAAGCUUCAUUUUCGUUUAAGCAAAAUGUAGUUAUUAUUAUUAUUAUUAUUAUUAUUUUUGUUUUGAUUUGGUGGUGGAAAAUAACCAUGACAUGUUCUUGACAGGGUUGUCCGAUCCCAACAGGAAGUGUUUGGGUCUGUGUGUGUUUUGUCGGGUCCCGUCAUGUAUACAGGGACCAAAUCUGAGAUAUGACCCAGCGGUAGCAAGACCUUCUUUGGGGGCUAAAAAUGCCAAUCGAGCGAUGUUGAACUCAUUUAGCAAAGAGAGUCAAAAACACACAGACGAUAAUCCGCAUAUGCCAUAAUGCAAGAGCCAAUUUCGGUAUCUUCUCCGUAACACUCGUUCUCAGAUUUAACCGCACCAGAACUUCAAAGGCUUCCGAGAUGAAAUGGCGCAACUCGAAACAAUAACAAUAACAUUAGAUGAGAAAACAAGGCGAGAGAUAUUAUUCAUGAACCACAGAUCACCUCAAACCAGAAAUACCUCAGAUUUUCUACGUGUUUGACUUCUGUUAUAUAUAUUGUUAGUUGUGUUGACUUGUAGUACGUAUAUUUUGAUGUACGUUGGCUUUUAUGAUUAAGUAAGUGGUUUUGGAGAAGUAGUAAAAAAAAUAAUCCAAAAUCUUUUACGAUUGCUACCAAGUUCUGUUGUAUAUAUGUGAGAACCCUUGAUGUAAAUAUCUGUAUACAGUUCUGUGUGUCCAGGGCAUUAUUCUUCAUUUGAGCUGCCGUCUGUUACUUCACGGGACAUUGAACCUCAACCGUUUGGCGCUUCUUCCCGAAACUCGAACAUAUCGCCCCGUUUUAACUUGCACAAUUUUUUACGCAUACUUAUGAAUUAUUCGCUCAGAGCGUUUGCGUGCGUGCGUGCGCAAGUGUUUGUGUGCAUGCAUGCACGUGUGAAUACGCGUGCGCAAACGUUUGCGUGCGUGUUUGCGUGUGUGCGCGAGUGUGUUUGCGUGCGUGUGUCCAUAUAAAGGUUUGGCCCAUGUGGCCGUCUAAACAAAAUUGUUUGUUUUUCCUGUCUGUUUUCUUUUGUAAUAAUGAAAGGUGCGUUUCUGAUAUGAAUUAUUCGCUCAGAGCGCCCUUACUAAACGACCUUCGCCCAAAUUGUAUCAAUGCAUAUUUACGCUCGUGUGAUUCAAAGAUGUUCCGAUGGAGCUUUUAUUUCAGGGCCAACUAGCGGUUUGGUGUCCCGCUGUCUUUCUGUCCCAUUUCAGUGUCUGCUGUCUGUACUCCUGAUGCACUGCAGCGGUUGCUUCUAUUCCCCGUCAAACUCGGCUUUACGUUUUCUAUUAUGGUGCCAUAUAUAUAAUGUCUGCGCGGAAACUGUACUCUCAUGUGCGCUUUGCUUGUCUGCUGUUUUCGGUGAGGUUUAGUUAAAUAUACGGUGACCCCUAAAGCGACUGCCUUUCGUGCAACGGCAGCCGCUAAGAUGCGAAUAGUCCGCGUGCAGGCUAGUGCAUGAUGCGUCUGCAAUUAACUGUGCUAAAAGAGUAAAGCUUAUGAAACACUUCGUUUUCCCGCGUGCUGUUCCGUCAUUGCAUAGUAUGCUCAUUUGACCGCUAACGAGGGUUGCACACCGCUAAUUAGCACUCCAGGUGCAUGCAACGAUGGCGCGCAAAGACACGGACUAGUGUCUAGGAAUACUUGGCUGCAUGCAUCAGUCUGCACGGACUGUGAGGAUGAUGCAAUUUACGUCCGGGCGGACUGUGCGCGAGACGUAGCGGUCUCGGACAACUGAAGUGUACUAUUGGCCGUAAGAGGAAAGAGUCUGGACUUAAUGUCGUACGCGGGACCGUGCACGGGUCAAACUGGCCUUUUACGUCUGUAAAUAACUUUGGAACCACUCUGAAGAUGAACGAUGCUCUGGCUAGCCUUAUUGUUGCAUAUGUAGCAUGCUUGAAAAGCGUUGUGGCUUUCUAAACGCGUAUUGCUCUCAGAGCAUUCUUGCUAUUUAUGAAACGGUGAAACGAGCGGAAGUGCCGCCCUCUGCCAAAGUAGCGCGCUUGCCGUUAGAGUGCUUUUAGCCAAUAAUGGGUGUGCUAUAAUUAGCGUGCGUCCCUUUUCCAUCUCGGAUGUUAUACUUCAGGAAUAUCACUUCGUCAACCAGGAAAGUUUGGAUGGGUCCAAUUGGCUCAGACGAUGUAGCAAGCAAUAUCUCCAGCAAUAGUUUGCAAUCGGGGCAUUGAUAUUGAACUUCAGGCGACCUACCAAAAUCAUUGUACACAUGAGAUGCUGUUGAUUACAUAGUAGUGCCAUGCUUCAAUAAACUGACCAUGUCUUUGUUUUUAAUUCACAUACGAUAUGUAGCCAAAUCCCUUGCAUUACUUUAUCUGCAAGAGCAUAACCAAAGGCUUUUAUUAUUUACCCGCAUUGCCACGCUGUGAGUGUUGUACGUUUACGGUGUUGGCGAUGUCCAAUGAAAUUGAAGUAUCUUUUCGGUUGAUUUUAUGCAUCGUAUUAUAGGCAGUUGACCGUUUUAAUUACUGUACUGUUAACGUUUCUCGUCUUUUGGAGGGUUUUUUCAUUCGAUUGACGGUUGAGUGACAGUUUUGCAUAAUGAGACGUGAUUUAUGCAAUACACUUUUACAGUUCGUUAUGCACUAAAACAGUCCAGAGCUUCUGUCGUCACUUCUGCUGUUGUGCCAAUCAAACAAGAUAUCAGCCUCACAAUUGUGUUUAAUGGGUGAAGACAGUAUAUUUUGCAUAAGUGAAGCUUGCUUUAGGACCAUUCAUAUUUUUUAACAGUAUUGUGACAUUUUUUUGACAAUUAAGUAUUUUUUACCAUAAUUCACUCUCACACACUCUCUCUCUUUAUAUAUAUAUAUAUAUAUGUGUGUGUAUAUAUAUAUAUAUAUAUGUACACACACACACACGUGUAUAUAUAAUGUACAUACACAAAUAAGUAUGUAUAUAUAUAUAUAAUGUACACACACACAUAUAAUACACACAAAUAUUUGUGUAUAUACAGUGUACACAAACACAUAUAUAAUGUACACACACAUAUAUAAUACAUACACAUGUGUAUAUACAGUGUACACACACACACGUGUAUAUACACAUAUAAUGUACACACACACAUAAAUACAAACACAUACAUGUGUGUAUAUACAGUGUACACAAACACAUAUAUAAUGUACACACACAUAUAAUGUACACACACAUAUAUAAUACAUACACAUAUAUGUGUAUAUACAGUGUACACAAACACAUAUAUAAUGUACACACACACACAUAAUGUACACACACACAUAUAUAAUACAUACACAUAUGUGUGUAUAUACAGUGUACACACACAUAUAAUGUACACACACA